AUGAAAUUGUUUCAAGACACUGGUCGUGAACAAUUCACACAUCUUAGAAGCUAUGGUGAGGACUUGUUAAAGUCAAAUCCAAACUCCAAUGUUAAAAUUAAGUGUGCUGAUUCAGAUGGUGGCCAUGUCUUUGAAAGAAUAUAUGUAUGCUUAAAAGCUUGUAAGGCAACGUUUGCAACGACUUGUAGGCCUCUAAUAGGACUGGAUGCUUGUUUUCUUAAAGGGGACUUUGGAGGUCAGUUAAUAGGUGUUGUUGGUAAGGAUGAAAAUAACAAGAUUUAUUCAAUCGCUUAUGUCGUCGUGGAAGCUGAAACGAAAGACUAUUGA